AUGUCCGAGCCAGGCUGCCUUUACGCCUAUUUCUUUGCCCAACUGAUGCGAAACAAGUAUAGUCGUCACUUCCACUCAAAGGCACAGCAUCAGCUGCUCCGCGCGCACGCCGAGACCGUCUCCUAUGUCAACAAGGCGCUAUCGGAUCCCUCGACGGCUUGUAGCGACCUGACUAUCCUGACCGUGUUUAAUCUUGCGUACCAUUACCUGGCCAUGAGUCCCGAAGCCCGACCAGUGUACGCGACCCGCCGACGUCCCGAACAGGGCCCCCUGCGUUCACUCCGUCUGCUCAAUCUAUACGGCGGCCCCAUCGAAGCGGCCUCGAUGCACCGAGAAGGGCUCUUCAAGAUGAUCGAACUGCGCGGGGGCCUGGAGAAAAUCACGAUCCCCGGGCUGGCCGGUCUGCUCUGCUACGCGGACUUGAUUGUCGCCACCCGCACCGUCCAGCCGCCGCGGCUGCCCUUUAUCCCCUGCGUGAAGGGCGUCGACCUCGACGGACCCCUCUCGCGCACGCGCCGCGCCAACCAUCCCCUCCGCACGCUCGGGCAGGGGUUUUCCAUCCUCGACAAGUUGGGCUCCUCGUCGCCUCUAAGGUCACUCGAUCUGCAGAUCGCCCUGCACAGGCUGAGCCUCUACACCCUCGCCGUGGACGACUACCUCGCCGGAAGAUCCGCAGCGCACAGUCUCUCCCUGCUUGGCGAGGAGCGCUCGCUGGUCAUCCAUACCCUCAUGGGACUCACUCGGGCGGUUACUGAGAGAUGCGACAGAGCCGACGACGACCUCCUCGAUCUCUGCCACGUCGCCGCCCUGAUAUACAGCGUGCUGUGUGUAUUCCCGAUACCUGCCGCGCCGUUCGGCCUCCUCGUCCAGCGAACCAAAACAUUGUUCGGCAAGCGGAGCUUUGCGAGAGAAUGGUCCGAAGCACCGAGUCUCAUGCUGUGGAUCGCGUCCAUGGCAGGCAUUGCGGCCUUAGGGGCGAAUGAUUGCGCUAGCAGAUCGUGGUUCGUCGGGCUGAUUGCGCAUGGCGCGCGGAAGUUGAAGAUCCGCUCGUUCGAGGCGCUGAAGGGACGCGUCCUGUUGGAGUAUCUGUGGUUGCCGACGACGAAUGAUGGGGACGGGAAUGAUUUGUGGGACGAGCUCGAGGGUGAGGGUGAGGGUGAGGUUAGUGUUCAUGAUGAUGAGGAGGAGGAGGAUCAUGAUGAUUACGUUGGUGUUGCACCUAGACUGCAUCCCCUGCCGGACGGAUGA